AUGUCGGCUAUACCGAUCAUUGUUAAGCAUGCGGGCAAGCGCCACGAAGUUGAGCUCGAUCCGACAUCCAACGGCGAAACGCUCAAGUACCAACUGUUCUCUUUGACCGGUGUUGAACCCGAUCGUCAGAAGGUCUUGAUCAAAGGUGGUCAACUCAAGGAUGACACCGCACUUUCCUCUCUCAACGCCAAACCCGGGCAGAUGUUUAUGAUGAUGGGCACGCCAUCCGGUGGCCAGGGUUCCGCUGACCUCGGUCGGCCGAAAGAGACUAUCAAAUUCUUGGAGGAUAUGACGGAGGCGGAUCUGGCCCGGCAGGAGGGUGCUACCCCGGCUGGUCUACAGAACUUGGGCAACACAUGCUACCUCAAUUCUUCUCUACAAGCUUUGCGCAGCGUCCCGGAGCUUCAAGAAGAGCUUCUUCGGUAUCGCUCAGACGCAGGAGCUGGUGGCUCGGGACUCUCUGAUCUCAGCAAUUUUGGUCUCGGUGGCUUGGGAGGUUCGCGAGACUUGGCCGCUGCCCUGCGAGACCUGUUUAAGCAGAUGUCCGAGACCCAAGUCGGCAUCCCUCCAUUGAUGUUCCUCAACGCCCUCCGCGCCGUUUUUCCUCAAUUCGCCCAGCGUGACCGAAACGGACAAGGAUACGCCCAGCAAGAUGCUGAGGAAGCCUUUUCUCAGAUCAUCAACCAACUGAGAGCCAAGCUGACUAUCACGGAAGGAGAGGGAGAGUCUGCCACGAAAACCACUUUUGUCGACAAAUAUCUCGCAGGACAAUUCGAAUCGGUCACCGAAUGUGAGGACCCGGCCGCCAAGGAACUCGGCGAGGAACCAAGCCAAAGUUCCGAUGUGUUCUACAAGCUUGAUUGUCAUAUUGGCAAGGAAACCAACCAUUUGCAGGAUGGAAUUCUGUCUGGUUUGGAAGAGCAAAUUGAAAAGAAUUCUCCUCUUCUUGGCACCAACUCUCUAUACAAAAAGCGAUCUCGUAUCGCCCGUCUACCCAAAUAUCUCACGGUGCACUUUGUCCGCUUCUUCUGGAAGCGUGAGACUCAGAAGAAGGCGAAGAUCAUGCGCAAAGUGACUUUCCCUGCUGAGUUGGAUGUCGUGGAGUUCUGUACCGACAAUCUUCGGAAAGAACUCAUCCCCAUUCGGGACAAGGUUCGCGAGAUUCGAAAGGAGGAAAUUGAUGUUGAGCGUGCCCAGAAGCGUCAAAGGGUUGCCGUGGAACGGGAACAGCGGCAGAAGAAGGAAACCGACCUGGGAGAGAGCGUAGAGCCUAUGCAAAAGAAGAAGGCCACUGAAGAGGCUAAGUCGAAGGACAAGGACGGCGAUAGCCAGAUGGAGGAGACCUUCAAGACCGACGCCGAAUACGAAGCCGAAAAGACCGAAUCUAUCCGCGUUGCCAAGAAGGAACUCCAAGAGUUGGUCAAACAGCAGGGCUCUGGAGACAGUGGCACCAACCAGUCUGGUCUUUACGAGCUUCGUGCCGUGAUCACCCACCAGGGUGCCAGUGCCGAUAGCGGCCACUACACGGCAUAUGUCAAGCAGCAGAACAAAGAUGAUGCUCAGACCGGCAACAAGCGACGCGAAACAGACGACAAGUGGUGGUGGUUCAACGAUGAUACCGUGACCGAGGUCGAGGCACAGAAGAUUGAGACCCUUUCUGGUGGUGGUGAAUCUCACUCUGCUCUCAUCUGUCUUUACCGUGCUAUUGACCUGCCCACGGAAUAA